AACCCUAUUGGAUUUUGAAGAAUAGGGUCUGCAUCUGUUGAAAACUUGAACUUUGGCCCCUCCUUCAUUCUCCAAAGUCCAAAAUACACCAUCUGCAAUUUUUAGAUUUUUAGGCACAGAAACAAAGCGCGGGACUCUGAAAAUUAUCUCCCUCGCUUCGCUUUCUCUCUCUUACUAGUGUUGUGUAGAGAGAGAAAGCACAGAGUUUUCUUUCUCCAAAAGCCACGACCCAUGAUUCUGAAUCGGUACCUUUUCUCAAUUAUCACCUUGAAUCCUUUCAUACCUAGUGUCCCUUCUUUUGUCUCUGCAUUUUUUCAAUUUUCCGGUGGCGGAAUAAAAAUCGAACCUUUACACCGUUUUAUUUUUGGGGGGGAUCUGGAUUUGAGAUACAUGGCAGGUUAAUGUUACCAGGGCACAAGCUGUCUUGAUCAUUUCCUUGGUGGGUUGUUUUUGAAAGAGAUCUGUGCCUACUGCCUAGAAAUUGAUGACUAACGGGGAACCCUUGGAUUUGUAUAAGCUUUUCAUGGUGGUGAAGGAGAAAGGUGGUUAUGAUGCUGUUUGUAAGAACAGGUUGUGGGAUUUGGUGGGGGAAGAAUAUGGAUUGGGUGGGAAGGUUGGUUCGUCUGUGGAACUAGUUUACAGUAAGCACUUGGGUGCUCUGGAGACAUGUUUUAAGAAUGUUGCUGAUGGUAAGUUCCGUGAGGGUGGUUUUGUGGAUGAUAGAGUUAAGUUUUGCAAGCGUAAGAUUGAGGCACCAGUUGAAUCUUUGUCGAAAGAUUAUGUAGAGGAAGAAAGGGGGGAUGAAUUUGAGAGGAGGGUGUGUGAGUGUCCGGAUGGGAGGAAGUUGUGUGGUACUAAUAGAGUGAAGGGUGUGAAACCUGAGUCUAAUGUGGCCAAUGAAGUUCAAAGUGAAGGAUAUGUUGAUUUGGAUAUGCUGGACAAUGGGGCGAAUGAGCCUAUUCCCGAAAACUUUUGUAGCCUUAAUACUGAAAGGGAUAUACUGAAUGUACCUGGUGUGGGCAAAAUACUAACUGUUGAUGCAUCUGAUGCAGAAAGCGACAUGCCUAUGUUGUCCGAUGGAAGCAAGAGCUGUGAUAAUGAUGACGACAACAAUAGUGGUGAAGUCUUGAUAUUGGAUCCAUCCAGUGUUGACAGAAAGAGCUUUGGUCGUAAGAGGAAGAGAGAGACCAAAUCAGAAAUGCUAAGUUGGAUUACUAGCAUUGCUAAAAAUCCUUGUGAUCCUGCAGUUGGUUCAAUGCCUGAAAAGUCUAAGUGGAAGUCUUACAGUAGUCGAGAGAUGUGGAAGCAGGCUUUGUUGUUUCGAGAAUCUGUCUUUCUGAAGAAAGAUUUUCAGACAACCACCGAAAAACUUAGUUGGCAGGGUCAGAAAAUGCAUCCUUCCAUGUAUGAAGAUCGUGUUGGUGGAGUGUACAGUCUUAGACAGAGGUUGAAAUGUGACAAGAGGCUUUUAUCAGGAAAUUCUAAAUCUGAUGGAGUCUCUUCAUCUAUAGGAACGCAUGGAGGUUCAGAGAAAACCCCAAGUCCUCGUGUUGAAAAUCGUCCUGAGAAACAGUUACUUGACUCUUGUACUGCACGCUCAAGUCGAGAUAAAUGUGCAAGGGUGCGCGUCCCUGUGGGGCCAAAGCAUCAAGCUGAAGUGCCGAAAUGGACUGACAUGACAUAUGAGAGUGAUUCUAAGUGGUUGGGGACCCAAAUAUGGCCUCUGGAAGAGGUAAAUUCCAAACUACUUGUUGCUGAAAGGGACCCCAUUGGAAAGGGAAGACAAGAUUCAUGUGGCUGCCAAGUACAAGGUUCUGUUGAGUGUGUCCGAUUCCACAUUGUUAAACAAAAGUCUAAAGUUAAGUUGGAAUUGGGCGAUGCUUUUUUCCGGUGGGAUUUCCACAAGGCAGGUGAAGAAGUUAGGGGUUCAUGGACUGAGCAAGAAGAGAAGAAGUUCAAAGAUGUGGUGAAAUCAAACCCUGCUUCACUUGAUAAAUGUUUUUGGGAUCAUCUUUUUAAAACCUUUCCUACAAAGAGCAGAGAAGAUUUAGUCAGCUACUAUUUCAAUGUCUUUCUUUUGCAGCGCAGAGCAUAUCAGAAUAGGUAUACUCCAGAUAACAUUGACAGUGAUGAUGAUGAAUCAGAAUUUACACCAUUGAGGAAAAUUUUUGGACAUCAAUCUCAGAAAUCGCGCAGCUUCACCUUGUUAUCCCCGAAAAAGGCCACAGACAAAACGGCAAAAUAGCAAGUGGAUGUUGGUCAAACCCUCUGCAUCAUUGAGAACGUGAACCGACAGUUUUGUGCUUCUUCACUGCAGCAAUUUUGGUAUGAUUGGAUCUUUCUCUCCUUACUUAGAAUUUUAAAUCACCAUCGAUUUUGGGGAGUAGAAAAUGGAACAUUAAAAGACUUGUUUGGUGGUAGGGUCAAUUUAGGAGAGAUGAAAGGUGUUUUUUGGAAGCUGACAACUGAAUAUCUGACGCUGUGAAAGUUGGGUUGACUUUUGGUUUACAUGCUUCUAUUCUUGAAACAUGCUUUUUGUCUGUUUGCAGUGACAUGUUGCACAUUUUAUUUUCACCAUGUUUUGGCAAGGGUUACUUUCAAGUUAAAACAAUAGCAUAAAAAAUAUAUAGAGCAACAUUUUAUUGUAGAGUUUUCUGAACAAAUACAGCAAAGUGUUAUUCAAAUUUGUGCCUUUCAUCUGAUGGGAAUUUCAA